UCUAACUAUCUCAUUUUGGGCUCUGCUUUAUAGGCUUAUCUCUUCUUCUUCUCUUUAGAUUAUCUAUCUUAUCAAUUGUGUCUAGGAUUAUCAAAGGAAACACAAAAAGAAAGAGAACUAGGGGGAUCUGGGUUUAUAUGAUAAAACCAGAUCUCUAACCGAAGUUCUCCGACAAUGAACGACCUCUUAAAGGGUUCUUCAGAGUUCUCGAGAGAUCGAUCUAAUAGAAGCGAUAUUGAGUCAGGACAUGGCCCCAAUAACUCUGGAGAUCUUGGACUCGCUGGUUUCUUCAAUAAGGUUCAAGAAAUCGAGAAGCAAUAUGAGAAGCUCGAGAAGCAUCUCAAGAAGCUUCAGGGGGCACACGAGGAGAGUAAAGCCGUCACUAAGGCUCCUGCAAUGAAAUCAAUCAAACAGAGGAUGGAGAGAGAUGUGGAUGAAGUGGGAAGAAUCUCUCGUUUCAUCAAAGGAAAGAUUGAAGAACUGGAUAGGGAGAAUCUGGAGAACCGGAGUAAACCAGGUUGUGGUAAAGGAACUGGAGUAGACAGAACAAGAACAGCUACAACUAUCGCGGUUAAAAAGAAGUUCAAGGACAAGAUAUCUGAAUUCCAAACACUAAGACAAAAUAUUCACCAAGAAUACAGAGAAGUUGUAGAGAGGCGUGUGUUUACAGUGACUGGCCAACAAGCUGAUGAAGAGACGGUUGAUCGAUUGAUUGAAACCGGAGACAGUGAGCAGAUUUUCCAAAAAGCAAUCAUGGAGCAAGGACGAGGUCAGAUAAUGGACACACUGGCUGAGAUUCAGGAACGCCAUGACGCUGUCAGAGAUCUAGAGAAGAAACUCCUUGACCUACAACAGGUGUUUCUUGAUAUGGCCGUGCUGGUGGAUGCACAGGGAGAGAUGCUAGACAACAUAGAGAACAUGGUCUCAAGCGCUGUGGACCAUGUUCAAUCCGGGAACAACCAGCUAACAAAGGCAAUAAAGAAACAGAAAAGUUCGAGGAAAUGGAUGUGCAUUGCCAUCCUCAUCCUUCUAAUCAUCAUCAUCAUUACCCUUCUCUCUGUUCUCAAACCAUGGACACAGAAACAUGGUGGUGCUUAGGGUUCUCUUCUCCCUGCCUUGCUUCUGAAGCUUUUGUAUAAAACAGUUUAACAUACACAUGCAUGUAUCAAUGCAUCAAACAACAUCCUUCCACUGUCACUAUCAAAAUGAUGUAUUCUUUGGACAGAUUC